GGCUAAGCACUCGGAGCUGGCAGCCUGCACGCUGUGGCGGAGCCGCUGCCAAAAAAAAGGCCACCCCCUUUUCUCCUCUGCCGCUGCCCUUCCCGGGACAGCCUCGCGCGCCCUCGCAUUCUGCGGACGGGCAGCGGCGUCCUGACUGCGGGAGAUGGAGCCCCGCUGGGAGGAGGAGGAGGAGGAGGAGGAGGCGCUGGCGAAGAAGCGGGACCCGGGCGAGGUAGAGCGAGGGAAAGCCAAGCGGGCCGGGGAGGGAACAGGUGCCGCGGGCAUCGCGGCGCUAGGAGAAGGCGGCUCUCCUCCUGCAAGCCGCCCGGCGGAGGAGAGAAUGCCCGAGGAAGGUGAGAGCCAAGGGCGAGGGGAUUCCUCGAACGACGCCGUCCGGCGACAACGGCCCAACGGCUACAGCAAAGCAGCUGGACAGGAGGAAGAGCAGGAGGAGGAGGAGGAGGAGGAGGAAGGCUCCGCAGAACAAGGCGCCAGGCCCAUCCGAGCUGGCUCGGUCCCAAAGGAAGAUGUCAGGCUAUCUGCCCCGGGGCAAGAGGUGAUCAUGUUAAGGAGAAGAGCGGUGGAAGUCCUGCAACCCACUGGAGAGCCGAGGGUCUGCGAAGAAGCCCUGAUGGGGGAGCUCUCCGAGAUGGUACACAAGGUGGUGAAGAGCAGCAGCUGGUGGGAGAGGCACGGCGUGGAUGACACCAUUAUUGCGCUGAACCUCCUUAGCCUACCCUUAGGAUUCCUGCUUUUACGUUCCAGCAAUCCUUUUGUGUUCCUGGUGGGCAUUGCUGUCCUGGGUGUGGCCCAUUUUACCCUCGCUGUCAAGGCAAGCCACUUGGCUAGCCACAAUGCUCUGGUGGAAUCCAAAUCAUGGGGGAAAUUAUGGAGCAUAUUCUUCAUUGAGGUUUGCUCCGCUUUCACAGCAGAACGAGGGUCCUACAACCAUGUCAAAAUGCACCAUGCUUAUACAAAUAUCAUUGGCCUUGGGGAUUCCAGUACAUGGAAGGUUCCUUUCCUGAACCGUUAUGUUUAUAUGUUCAUCGCACCUAUUGCUGUACCUGUCGUCACUCCUUUUGUAGCCAUUGGUUUACUCACAGAAGUAGAACUGAAAACUGCCAUUCGUACUCUGUGUUGUAUAUUCAUUGGUCUGUAUGCCCAUUGUUGGCUGCUGAUUAAUAUCUCAGGGUUCCAGUCUAUCUGGUCUGCACUCGUCUGUAUGUUGAUCACCCGUGCUCUCCUUGCCCAUGCAUACAUCCAUGUCAAUAUCUUCCAGCAUAUUGGCCUACCCAUGUUUUCACCUGAUAAGAAGCCAAAACGAAUCCACAUGAUGAGCUGUGGAGUUCUCAAUUUGCCUCGAAAUCCUCUGUUGGACUGGACUUUUGGACACUCGCUCAUUAGUUGUCAUGUGGAGCAUCACCUCUUCCCAGCUUUUUCUGAUAACAUGUGCCUGAAGAUAAAACCUGUGGUUUCUCAGUAUUUGAAAAAGAAGAAAUUACGAUACAAUGAAGAUUCUUACUGGUCCCGCUUGAAGCUAUUCCUGGACAAAUAUGAAGAACUGAUGGUCUAUGCACCUCCUAUUUCUGAACUUGUGGGGAUUCAGUAAUGGUACUUUUAUGGCUAGAGCUAGGGCCUUAAGGCAGCAUAGUUUCUUUUUCCAAGAUCAAUGCAUUUAAAGUCUAAGUUAAGUUAUCAGGGGAAAAUAAGUACGUUAUUUAUGUCUUCCAUAUCAGUCAAGCAAAAAUGGUCUUUAGGUACUGGAUCCCACUGCCCAGUAAUGGGUCAUAGGGGAAAAUCAAUAGUUCCAAUUAAUUCAAUUGUACUAUCUUUGAUUUUCUUCUCUGCUGUAAUAAUCUUUGCACACUGAUAAACUGUAUUUUAUGGAUCAUUUCCAUUCUGCUAUUCUGCAACAUGAGGGAGGGAAAUCUAAGGGCUAUUUAAUGUUCUUCCUCUUAAAUUAAAAUAACUUCCAAGUUAAAAGACAUUUGCACAGUACAAACUUUGACAAGUUCUGUAUGGCAAUUUCUUUUCCUCAUCUUGGGAUUUAUGACAGCAAAAACAUAGAUCACUGCUGCUAACCGAUCUGAAAUCCACACUGCAGAAAAUGCAAGCCGUCUUCACAAUAUCUGCAUUUUUAGAGUAGCCUUCCUCAACUGGUGCCUUCUAGAUAUGCAAACUCCAGUGACCAGAAUGCCAGUUAGCAUCGGAAUUUCUGAAAUUCUAAAACAUCUGGAAAGAACACUGGGAACGAAACUUAUUAGAGGAAGCUUUUCCUAGAGGUUAGAAGAAACAUGAAAAAGUUGCAUUGACUGUUGGACUGAUAUUCACAUAGCUCUAAUUCCAUGAGAAUUUAUACAGUAAAGAGAUAGCGCCUAUCAGAUGCUUCAUAGAUUUUCAUUUUUUAGCACCCGCUUAGCAGGUAGCAAUCCCCAGCCUACUUUGACUGAUCUGGGAAGCUAAGGAAGGUCAGGCCAAGAGUAUGCUUAGUAGACCUGCAUAGAAUAUCAGGCUUGAGGGCCAAACUGGGAAAUCAAAACCCACCCUGGAAGACGGCAGCAGUAAGCCACUUCUGUACUGUUGCCAACUCCUCACUCCCCUUACAUAGAUCCGUUAUUGCAGUUGCCAAGAGUUGAGCUUGACCUGAAGGAGACUUUACUAAAAUUUCCCCUCCUGCAAAAAGCAAAAAAAAAAGGCUUAUUUAAAUUAUGAUGCUGAAUGGUUGAAGGAAAUAGAAUUGUCAUUACCAGCGGACCUUUUAUUAACACAAAUGAUGCAAAGAAGGACUGUAUAAAAGGUCCUGCUGACGAAUGUGGUGAUAUCUAUGCAAAGUAAUAAAUAAAAGUAUGAAUAAAUAAAAAUAAAGAGAGAAUAAAUUAUUACCCAAUCGACUUGUGUGGAGGGAGUGUGGUUUAAUACAGGGGUCUCCAACCUUGGCAACUUUAAGACUUGGGGACUUCAAUUGGGAAUUGAAGUUUCCAAGUCUUAAAGUUGCCAACGUUGGAGACCCCUGGUUUAAUAAAAGAAACAAUGUAAAUGCAAGCAUAUUAGCCAAGGAAAAGCAGCAAGUAGAUAUCCUUGAAAAAAUAUUUUGAAAUAAACUCUAACUGACUUGAUGAGCUGGCAUGGCCCCCAUGUUCUUUAGCUAGUAAAAACCAGUCCACACAUUUAUGAUACAACAUACAACUAUUAUUUACAUGAAAAUUACCUAAGCAAUAACGUGCACUGGAAACCUACGUAUUUUGCUGUUGUUUCUACCUAAGGGUCCAUUUUUCCCCUUCUGGAGAAGUGCCCAAUGAUCACUGUUUUCUAUUUCUGGAAUGAAGGUGCAUAGUGUUAGCUUUCUCCAGCUUGUUAGUAGUUUCACUUGAGAUAUAUUCCUAACACUGCUGAAAUAUGUCUAUCAGGAGAACAUUCUUUUCAAAUAUGUGUUUGAAUUAUGUAUUUACAUAAUUAAUUUCUAAAAGCUGGUUUGGAAAAAUCUGGAAUAUUACUAAUAAUGGAAGGGCUAAUUGUGCAUCAAGAAGCUGAGCUAUGGAGAACAAAGAGAGAUCACUUCACUAUUCUGAAAAUACGAAUCUGUGAUGGAUGCUUGGUGGCGCAGUGGUUAGACUGCUAUACUGCAGGCCACUUCUACUGCCUAUCGGCUGCCUGAAAUUUGCAGUUCAAAUCCCACAAGGCUGAAGGUUGACUCGGCCUUCCAUCCUUCUGAGGUGGGUAAAAUAAGGACCCAGAUUGUUGGGGGCAAUAUGCUGACUCUGUAAAACUGCUUAGAGAGGGCUGUAAAGCACUAUAAAGUGGUAUAUAAGUCUAUUGCUAUUGCUAUUACUAUCUUUUGAACAGUUCUCAUACUGUACAAGAAAAAUGUUUUCUUUAAUUACGUUUUAACUCAUAGCAAAAUGGAAGUGAUUUUCCAGUAACUUUUUGUUGAAUGCUCUUUUUGAUUUUCCAGCUUAGCCUGCAACCUGCUGUGUACCGGAAGAAUUCUACCCUAAUACUCAACCUUACUCUACUUAGGGCAGUAGAUGGACUUCAAGUCCCAGAAUUCCCCCAGCCAGCUUGUUGGUUGGGGAAUUCUUGAACUUGAAUGCCAUAUGUCUUAAAAUUCCUGAAGUUGAGAAACACUGGAUUAAGGGUGUUACCUGAAUUCAGUCAGUAUGUCAAGUAAAUCAUGUAAGUUUAGCGUAGGUGAAUCUAGGCAAUUAUGGUUUAUUGAAUAAAACAUGCUUAACGAAUCUGGUUUAAGUGUGAUGUCUGAAUCCAGCUAUAUACCUGAGUGGAUAGUAAAUGAAAAUAAAUCAUAACUGAUGUGUUCCGUUCAUGACAAAUGAAACAACAGGCAUUGAAAGUCCGCAAAGCAAAGUCUAUCUCUAAACAUUCAGAUACAUUUCUGGAAAUCCGCCUGAUCUUUAAAAGGACAUACAAUUGGGCUUUUUAAUUGACACCUUCAAUUUGAUGGGCACUGAGUGAAAUUAAGGCUUUAUCAUUUCAGAUUGGAAGUGAACAUCACAUAGAGAAUAAUCCUGAAUUGGCAGAGCAGGGUUAGUUGACUUAAUUUUCAAUCGGUUUACAUUUACUAAUUUAAUUAUCAGCAUGAUUAUCAACAUGGAUUUCUGUGAUGGCUCUAAAGACUUCCCAAUCUAGCAGCACAAAGAUUAAAAAGGGGGAACAUUAUUCAACCCAGCUUUACUCUGAUUUUGUUUGUGUGAAAAAUCAAUUCCACUCCUACAUGCUGCUAACAUAAUUACAGUUCAGUUUGGAAAUGGUAAGUUUGACCAACUCUAGCUUGUCUAGAAUAAAAAGCAUAACUGUGUGUGUCAACUUAGCUAGAAUCAAAUACCUUUAGGGCCAACAGACUUAUUCAUAGUUAAAUAAUUAUAGUAUUUAACCCUUAACAAAUACUGAUUAAAGUUGAAUAAAGUAUAAUCUGUGGCUGGGUUCAGAUGUCAUGCUAAGCCAAAUGGAAUUUAUUUGAAGCCAGCUGUGCAUUAUUUAAUAAAUCAUAGUAAAACAUAUGGAGUCUUAACUAGUACUAUAUAGAACUGCAAAAAUCUAGAUUGCCACAAGAUGGUAGCAGGCAGAUGUAGAAAACUCUAAUUCUUUCUGCCAUUUAGUGGUUGCUUGUAUUUUUGCAGUCCAUAUAUGCUAGUUUAUCAUAAUAUAUAAAUCCACUGAAAGAUAUGUACUUGUCACACUAUUCUGUGCUCUAUGUAAUGCUUCAGCAGCACAUUAUGCAGAGCACAAAAAAGGGGUGGAAAAACUAGUCAAAGAAAUUAAUAGUAUGAAAUAAAGGGGGGAAAUAAAUAAAUAUUUUACAUCAGUACCUUUCGAUAUAUCUUUCCAUAUCUUUUGGCUCUUGAAAAUAAUCUUUGUGUCUAAAUGCUGCUUCACACAUUGCUUUUUUUCUUUAAAUUUAUCUUUUUUCAGAUUCUCAUUAUUUUCCCCAUGGCACUUUCGGUCUUCCCUUUCCUGUCAAUCCUUCACUCUUCAUAUAAUUGUUGCACAGUGCCCCUCCUUCAUGAUCAAGCCAUCUCAAAAGUAUUUAUUUCACGCUGAUCUCUUAUUUUUGCAUUUAUUUUAAUUUCAUUCAUAUUCAUUCAGCACACAUUCAUCAUUUUUCUUUUGAGAAACCCAACUCUAAUUUCCAGCGUAACAAGCUGGCAGAAGAAUACUUUUAUAUACAGCCAUUUUUAUUUUUAUUUUUUUCAGUAACCAUUCCUUUUGCAGAAUAGGAACUUCUUUCAGUAUUUCCCAUGUCCUAAAAUUUCUCUGUCCAAUUUUCUUACUUUUAUUAAAUAUAUUGCAAAGACAUAAACACUUAUUUACUUGCUCUAGUUUUGCUAUGCCAUUUAUAAUUAAAACUAAAGAUCUGGACAGAGUCAUAAGGGAGAAGGCACUUUUUUUCAAAUAGUCUCUUUCCAAGUUGUUUGGGGCCUUGUGGGUUAUAGCUGGCAUUUUGAAUGUUGGUCUGAAACAGGACAAAAUUUGUUUACCUUAUUACAAGGCAGUAGUAAUUAAUGGUAAAUUAAAUGCUUUUUAUCAGUAACUUUAUCUCAACAUUCCAAAAACUUUUCAAAGACAAUUUAUCCACAAACUGUGUGUUACUGCAAGCCAAGCAGUUGUAAUUAUGUACUAAAAUGGCAAUUCCUGGAUCUGAUUUUUCAAAGAGUGUAUAAUCCUACUUGACAGAGGCCAAAUCCUUUUGCCUGGCCUUCCUUUUGCCUGGCCUUCCUUUUGCCUGAACAACAGCAACUGCUGCUAAAGCAGAGGCUAAUUUUACUAUUUCUCAAGUGGACAUUCAUAGAAUUCUCUUGAAGAUCGUAUUGUUUAACACCACAAGGUCAAGGUUUUUGGGGCAAGGCCAACACCCAGGGACACAGUGCCCUAUUUUGAGCAUGACCCCUCACAUAUAAAGAGCACACAACGAGGACUUAAGGGAAUUGAACAGUGGGGAAACGAAGGCAGAUGCAGUAUUUCUUUCUCUAGUACAUAAUCUACUGCCAGAGAAUGUAUCAGCAAUCAAUUCAUAAUUUAAAAGCAGCACUGAAUAAAGCUAUAGGUGUCAGCUAGUCCUUCACGAAGGAAUCAAAGGAGAAAAAAAAGCCUACAGCAAUGUUUCUCAAUCUUAGCCAUUUUAAGAGGUGUUGACUUCAACUCCCAGAAUUCCCCAGCCAGUGAUUCUUGGCAACUGGCGUGUAUUUAUAAUGUUGCAUUGUCCUGGGGUCAUGUGAUCAAUAUUUGUAACUUUCCCAGCUGGCUUCUGACAAGCAAAGUCAAUGGGGGAAGCCAGAUUUGCUUAAUGACUAAAUGAUUCACUUAACAACUGUGGCAAUAAAGGUGAUAAUGGGGCAAAACUCGCUUAACUGUCUUGCUUAACAAUGGUAAUUUUGUGCUCAAUUGCUUAUGUUUUAUAUUGAGGACUACCUGCAAUUAAAAUUAGUGCUAACAAGGUCAGCAGUUAUUUGGUGAAACCAAUGUGUGCUUAGCUUGCAGGGUUGCCACAAUAUUGUUGCAACAAGAGUGUCAAGGUGGUUUAGGAAGCAGACUGUUUUGCUAGAACAGUUUUUUCCCGAAGGCCAUCACUCUGCUAAACAAAUAAUUCCCACAACACUGUCAAACUAUUUACUAAAGCUACAUGAUGAGCUA